AUGACAGAUAUUGAAGCACUCUUUGCUAUCAAGAAUGAAAUGCUUGAUCCCUUUGAUUCUUUGAUUACAUGCAAUGUGUCUGUUCCUUUAUAUCAAUGGCGUGGUGUAUUUUGUAGUAACCCCGUUGAAUUAUGGGCAUUCAAGAACAAUCUUGUGGGUGUGCUUCCCAAGGAGCUUGGAUUUCUUCCCAAACACAAAUAUUUUGAUUUCAGUUACAACAAGCUCAUUGGUGGAAUCCCGAGAUCUUAUGGUAACUUUUCAGGUCUCUUGGAAAUGUACCUUUUGAAUAAUGAUCUCGAGGGUAAAAUCCCUGAUGAGUUAGGGAAACUGAAAAACUUGGAAAUAUUUGAUGCAGACUUCAAUAAGUUAUCAGAUAGAAUUCCGAGCUCACUAUUCAACCUUUCCUCCUUGAAAGUCAUUGAUGUGUCAAAUAACCAAUUCGAAGGUACUCUCCCUCGGGAUUUAGGGAUCAAUCCUCCUAACCUGAUGUGUCUGUCUCAGCAUUAG